AUGAGUCAACAUUUAAGUAGAGUUCAUGUUUGCUCAUUUUUUUCAAUCUCAACAACUAAAUUGUCUAAUCAUCAAUUCAUCUACUCUCAUUACUAGCUAAAUGUCACCAAUGGAUUCUAGAUUUUGAGUUUAACUCAAAUCACUGCAACUUAUUCUACAUAACUCAUGUGUUGUGCAAGUAGCUUUUCCAAAUGAAGUAAUAAUUAUCCUAGUAUCACAUAUGAAAGCUCCACAGGAUGAGGAAAAUUUCUCUUUCAUUUGCAUUUGGGCUUCACUCUGCAUAGAAACUCUUUUCUUUUCUUUUCUUUUCUUUUUUUAUGCGCUAGCAACUCGUGAUCUAAAUGGAGUAUUCUUAGCUAGAAGAUCAAGUCACUUGAACUAGUUCUAUGACAGUUAAAGAAGUAUUUUGAAUUGAAAAAAAUAAUUAGAUCUAAUUACUACAAACUUUUGUUCAUGAAUAUCUAAACACUACUCAACAUGAUUUCUCUUUUUAAGACUCAUUUAAAGAAGGCAAGUUUGUGAGCAUAGAGAUUAAACAAUAUGACAAUUUGAAUUAUGAUGUUUUGAUUGGGUUCUUCUAUAAUGCAAUCACAAGAUAAAUUCAAAAAUGUGUGAAUUCAUAAUAUUAUAAGUAUGUAUUGUAGGAAACUUAUCUUCUCACUCCCCAACUUAAUUCAUGCAUUGACUGAAGUGCAUGAAAAAGAAAAAAUAAAUAAAUAAAUUUCAACAAAUAAGGUGUAAACUAAGUAAUGCAUGACAAUUUGUAUUUAUUGAUGCUGUGUAAUAUAUGCAUCACCCUGUUACCAUGAUUGUGUAUUGGACCCAUCUAUGUACUCCAACAACAUUAAAAGAUAACUACAAAGAAAAUUGAAAAGAGGAGAAGCCACUGAAUAAAAAGGUGGUUAUAUUGAAAACUCAAAAUUGUAAAUUUAAUGAUCAAGAUGAUGUCAACGGGAGGUUUGAAAUAGUGGCAGAUCCUGCAGUUGAAGAAAGCUGUCUAAAGGUUGUUGUUUGUGCUCCAUGUAUAGUUUGAGCCUUUGCUCAUUCACUUUAGGUUGCUGACCUGUCUUAGGAUUUACAAUUAACAUUGCUUCACAAUCAAAUAACUUAAUAACAAUGAAAGGUUCAUCCUUUUUUAAUGGGUUUCUUAACCUUGUCAUGAUCAUCCUCUUUCAGUCUGGGUUUGUUCUUCUCCAGUCUCUUUCCACUUUCUGGGUUGCAUCUGCGAUUUGGAUUCCCAAUAUGGGAAAUAUCACACUGGUUGGUGCAUACACGACGUUAUCUCUCCUGAGCGGGGUCGCCAUGUGCACGAGGAGUCUUCUGGCUACUCAUUUAGAGCUGAAGGCCUCCAUGGCCUUCUUCUCUGGAUUGAUGGAAUCCUUGUUCAGAGCUCCAAUGGCGUUCUUUGACUCGACACCCGUCGGAAAGAUUCUCACCAGAGUAACAUAUCACCCAUAAUAGCUCCUACUACUCUCAACUGACGUAUUGCAGGCCUCCUCAGACAUGAGCAUCUUGGAUUACGACAUCCCCUAUGCCCUCUGCUUCUCCCUGUCGGGUAUACUGGAAGUGAUGGCGACGGUGCUGGUAAUGGCGGUAGUCACAUGGCAGAUCUUGAUUGUGGCUGUUCCGGUAACCAUUGCCGUGAGGUAUUAUCAGGUGCACCUUCGCCUUCUCUCUGUACCGCGCGACUUAUUGUUGUGGAAACCCUAGAAAUAGCGGACAUCAUCUGAUUGUGAGGUAUCGUCUGUCUUCUGCUCGGAACUGAAGAGGUACUAUCUGUCCUCUGCGAGAGAGAUUGUGAGUAUCAACGGGACGACGAAGGCUCCCCUCACGAACCACGCGGCGGAGACCUCCCUCGGCGCCUUACGAUCAGAGCGUUCUCCGACGGGGAGAGGUCCGUCCGGAGGAACAUGGAGCUGAUCAACACCGACGCGUCGCAGUUCUUCCACUCCAUCGCCGCCAUGGAGUGGCUGCUCUUGCGAGUGGAAUCUCUCCAGAACAUCACCGUCGUAGCCGCAGCCGUCUUCCUCCUGCUGCUUCCGAAGGAGAGCGUAUCACCGGGUGAGUAUUGCAGAGCAAUGAACUGAUAUGAUAAACCUGCGACUAUCAUCAGCUGUAUAGUCGUCAACUUCUGGCUGAAUUCCACGCUGGUGAAUGGUGCUGUUAGGGUUCGUGGGCCUCACCUUGACGUACGCCCUAAAGGGCCUGCCAGGCGCCCUUAACUCGUUGGUACUCCACCUUGGACAACUACAGAUUCCAUCGGAGCAGUUCACGCAGAUUCCAUCGGAGCCCCCCGCCGCAAUCGAAGCUCGCAGGCCGCCGCCGAAGUGGCAGGCAGAAGGGAGAAUCGAUCUGGAAGAUCUCAAGGAAAAGAGGAUACAACAAAAAUCCUUCAUUCAAGAUAUUUCCAAAAUUCUCACACCCUCUGUGGUGAUGAUAAUUUUAGGGUUAUAGAUCAAGUACCGCCCGAACGCGCCUCUGGUCCUCAAGGGGAUAACGUGCACCUUCGCCGCCGGCCACAAGGUGGGAGUCGUCGGAAGGACAGCCAGCGGGAAGAGGACACUGUUAAGCGCACUGUUCCUCCUGGUGGAUCCCGCCGGCGGGAGGAUACUCGUCGACGGUCUGGACAUCUGCUCGAUCUGCUUGAAGGACCUGAGGAUGCACCUAAGGAUCAGCCCGCAGGAGCCGGGUCUCUUCCGCGGCAGCGUCCGUAGCAACCUCGAUCCUCUCGGUCUGCACGCUGAUCACGAGAUCUGGGAGGUGAUACCUCGAUCUAACAUUCUACUCUGCUUGCGUCUAACAUUCCCUUAAACACAGCGUACGUCGCUGGUCAGGGAUUGGAGAAAUGCCAGCUCAAGAAGACGGUCGCCAGCUUUCCGGACUUCCUGGACUCCACGGGCUCUCCAUAAACCCUAAAACCUUUACACACCUCAGAUCUAAUGUUCCAUUCUUUCCUUGGUCGCCGUAAAGUGAGCGACGAGGGGGACAACUGGAGCGCCGGGCAACGCCGGGCAGCGCCAGCUGUUCUGCCUCUGGCGGGUCCUCCUCCGGCGGAACCGGAUCCUCGUCCUGGACGAGGCCACGGCGUCGAUCGACUUCCCCACCGACGCGACGCUUCGGAGGAUCAUCAAGCAGGAGUUCGGCCGGUUCACCGUCAUCACGGUGGUGCACCGAGUCCCCACCCGUCGUCGAAAACGACAUGGUCUUGGUGCUCUCUUUCGGUACGCCACUUCCUCUCCCCCCACACGGGAAGAAGAACUGAUCCAGAGUAUCCUCAUCGUCGCCCGGUGUCGGUUCCUGAUCUUGCAGGGAGCAUCGUAGAGUACGACGUGCCCUCCAGACUCAUGGUGGAGAGCGGCUCCGCCUUCUCGAAUCUGGUGGCGGAGUACUGGUCCAGUUGCAGGAGUGACUCCUCUCGGAACCUGUCCAGCGGGUAG